AAAUUUCAAAACAGACUCUCACGUUUUGAUAGAUGAGCCGUUUGUUUGGUCUGUUUGCAAUGGUUUCGAACAUGUGUUUUUAAUUUAAAAAUGUUUCGUGCAAUUUUGAGGAUAACUUGUUUGCCGCCAAGUUUAUUUAAUCUCGUAUUUCACGCACAUACUGUGUCAAUAUUUACUCAGUGUUGCCAUGAAUUAAACACCAAGGUGCAAACUACAUGGCUUUCACUCAACAAUGUCAGGUGAAUUGGGAUCAGAAAGGAUCAGAGGUCAUGUGAAGUGGUUCAAUGUGAGUAGAGGAUUUGGAUUUAUCAAGAGAGACGAUGGAGGCGACGACGUCUUUGUCCAUCAGAGCGCCAUUAAAUCAAAGAGUUUCCGAAGUUUAUCCGAAGAUGAGGCCGUUGAGUUUAUAGUUGUACCAAGUUCUAAAGGAGACGUUGCUGGGAAUGUGAGUGCACCGGGGGGAGCGACAGUGCAAGGUACAUCCAGGGGGGAGAGAAGGAAUAAAGGAGCACGACGUUACAGUAAGAAAUGUUAUAACUGUGAUGAGAAAGGUCAUAAAAUUAACGAGUGCCAAAGACCGCGAAGAACCAAACGAUUCUGUCACAACUGUGGUUCACUUGAUCAUUUAAUUCAAUGUUGUCCCACAUUACUCCAGCUUUUCAACAAACUCAGUGGCAUUCAGACUCAUAAACUACCUUGAAAAAUAUUGUGUCAAGUAAAGCGUUAUAGUUUAUAAGAUAUAUAUUAUGGGAUUUUAACGCCAGAAAAGCACAUUGAUAUAUUUAAAUAACGGGUGUGCAUUUAUGUUUAUUAAUAUAUAAAUAUUUAUAUACACGUUAGAUAAAUUAAAAGUAUCUUUAAAACUGAUAUAUCAUAUAAGAAGAACAUUUAUAUUAUUAGGUUAAGAAUAAUUUUGUGUACGAAACAGGUUAAGAAUCAUUUUGUGUACGAAACGUCAAAUUAAAUCUAGAUUUCUGUUAUCAAAGUAUAGUCAAAUAUCGAUGUUCUUCAUCGGGGCCUUUAAAAUUGUUUACCUCACA